GAAGUUAAGGUGUGUAUAAACCUUUGAGUUCUCUAGCAUCUUAUCAUAUACGCGCAAUUUCUUUUCCGUCGAUAUUUCCUCUAGUUUGCACUUGAAUUCUUUUGUAUCUGUUUGUUCAGUUAAUUCUAUAGCCUUUUCCAUUGCUUUGCGAAAAGAAACUCUAAUUUUAUAUCGUCUAGUUACAAAAUUCUGAAAGAAUAUUAGGGUUUUCAUACAUGCAUUGUGUUUGUCAACUUCUCGUUUCUUGAACAUGAUAAAGUAUCUCUCUAGUCGGGUCGAUAAGGAUCAACACCCUAAUGCUUCUUUAUGAUCUAAUAAGUGAUCGAGUUGGCAAACAACAUGGAGAAUCCGGAUUCGAUUUCAGGGUUAUCCAGAACCCAAUCUGAUCAACUAACCAUGAAAUCCACGAUUUCAAGCGAGGUUACGAAAGAGGUGGACAGAACACUUUCAAGAAAGUCUAGCAGAAAUCAAGUGCUUGCAUCAUCAGGAAGAAUUGGCAACAGUGGAAGGAACACACACAUUAAGAGAGGGAAGAGUGCUCAAAUGAAGUUUGAACACGAUGAUGUUGGUAGCGGAGCCGUCCUGAGUCGGGCCUCUAGCGCGAGCUUAGGGUUCUCAUUCUCACUUGCUGGAUUCACUAUGCAACCAGAUGAAAUUGCUGAUCUUACACCUUUUAGUGAGGAUGAUAUCCCUGAAGACAUCGAAGCAGGCACGCGUAGUAAGUUUCAGACCGAACCUACCAUGCAAAUCUAUCUAAAGGCAAAGAUGGAGGUUUUUCUUUGAGAACAAUGCGAGACGUUGUCACUUGUCCGGUUCAGUCUUGUACAGAAUCUCAUGUUGUAUGGUAUUUAUGUACAAGACUAAUUUGCAUUAAAAACAAAUAAAAUAAAAACAAGAGAAGUAAGCAAACCGGGUCUCGCUAAAUGUGGUAUAAACUAUUGGUUAUUUUAUAUGAAAAAUGUUAUAAAAAUGCAGUUUACAGAAGUGACAUACAAGAUAAUAACCAGAGGAGUGACAUCAACUGAAGAAAAAAAUAUUUUGAAAGGAAUAAAUGGGGCGGUUAAUCCUGGAGAAGUUUUGGCCCUCAUGGGUCCAUCAGGAAGUGGGAAAACUACUCUCUUAAGCAUGCUUGGUGGGCGACUCACGGAUCAUAAUAUGGGAGGAUCCAUCACUUAUAAUGAUCAACCGUACUCCAAGUCACUAAAGAGCCGGAUCGGUUUUGUGACUCAAGAUGAUAUUUUGUUUCCGCAUCUAACGGUGAAAGAAACAAUAACUUAUGCUGCUCUUUUGAAACUACCGAAGACCUUGACAAAACAAACGAAAGUAAAACAAGCCGAAGAUGUUAUUCGUGAACUUGGUUUAGAGAGGUGCCAAGAUACUAUGAUAGGCAACUCGUUUGUUAGGGGAGUUUCAGGUGGAGAAAGAAAACGUGUUUCCAUUGGAAAUGAGAUCAUAAUCAAUCCUUCUGUCUUGUUCCUUGAUGAACCCACCUCCGGUUUGGAUUCUACAACUGCUUUGAGAAUCAUUGAACUUUUACAAGACAUAGCAGAGGCGGAGAAGACGGUGAUUACCACGAUUCACCAACCAUCAAGCAGACUAUUCCACAAGUUUGACAAGUUAAUUCUACUUGGUAAAGGAAGCUUGUUGUACUUUGGGAAGGCUUCGGAAGCUAUGGGAUAUUUUUCAUCAAUUGGAUUUUGUCCCUUAAUGUCCAUGAACCCAGCUGAAUUCUUGCUAGAUCUUGCAAAUGGGAAUACAAAUGAUGUUUCUCUUCCACCUGAACUAGAUGAUAAACUACAUUUAGGGAGUUCAAGGAGAGAAACAAUGAGUGGGAAGCCUUCUUCAACAGCUGUUCAUGAGUAUUUAGUGGAGGCAUGUGCAACAAAUCUGGCUGAUGAAAUAAAACGAAAGCUCGCAAUUCGUACAUCAACCGAUCGAGAAAUGAAGGCAAACAUACAUUCAGUGAAACGAGAAUGGGGAGCGACCUGGACAGAGCAGUUUACCAUAUUGUUUUGGAGAGGGAUUAAAGAAAGAAGACAUGAUUAUUUUAGUUGGUUAAGAAUCAUGCAAAUCAUCGCAACUGCGGUCAUCUUGGGACUUCUUUGGUGGCGAUCAGAUGUUCAUAGCCCAAAAGAUAUCCAGAAUCAGGCAGGAUUGCUUUUUUUCAUUGCUGUGUUUUGGGCGUUUUUCCCAGUUUUUACAGCAAUUUUUACAUUUCCUCAAGAACGCGCAAUGCUGAAAAAAGAGAGAGCUGCUGAUAUGUACAAGCUCAGUGCGUAUUUCAUUGCUAGGACGACGAGUGAUAUCCCGCUAGAUCUUAUUCUUCCAUUGAUCUUCCUGCUGAUUGUUUAUUUCAUGGCGGGCCUCCUAUUAACCGCUCAAGCGUUUUUCCUAACUAUGCUUAUAGUCUUUUUGUGCAUUGUUGCUGCUCAGGGGCUUGGACUUGCUAUUGGUGCUGCAGUGAUGGAUUUAAACAAAGCAACAACUAUGGCUUCUGUAGUUGUAAUGGCUUUCAUGUUGGCUGGUGGUUUUUUCGUGAAGGAUGUUCCGGUUUUCAUAUCUUGGUUAAGUUAUUUGUCAUUCAACUAUCAUACAUACAGACUUAUUCUUAAAGUGCAAUAUGGGCAUAUAAGUUCUGUAGUUGAUGGGAUAGAAUUAGACAGCGGGUUGAAGGAAGCGGGUGCACUGGCGGCCAUGGCUAUCACCUACCGUAUCUUGGCAUACAUGUCUUUGCGACGAGCGGCUUAAUAUGGAUAUUUUGAUCAUCAACAAGAACUGAAGAAUAUGUAGUAUGUAUGUAUGUAUGUAUGUAUGUAUGUAUGUAUGUAUGUAUGUAUGAAUGAAUGUAUGUAUUUGCAAGGUAAGCAUGGGGAUACUAAAGAACAUGCAAAUAAGUAGGUAUGGAAGAAGAAUAUAUCAUCUUCUUUGAAACUGUGUAGAGGUUUACUUGCUAAUUGCUAUUGUAUGCAAUGAGAAUUGUAACUAUAUAUUUACUGGCA